CCACCUCUCCCGUUCACUUGUCCCCAAGGACUGCUGCCAAGCUGGACGGCAAAGGAGGGGACCCGAGUCCCCCCCUGCCCCACGGACGGGGCGGAGCAUUAACCCAGGUUCCGCACACGACUGGGGGUGAUUCCAGAGGGGAGGUGCCGGUGCCAGGGAGCGGCAGAGCCCCGGGGCCAGCGUGCCGAGCUUGGCGGGACCCCGGCAGGGAAGGGGUGCCAGCCAGCCCGUGUCCCGGUCCAGGGACGGGCCACGGGCCCGGAGAGGGGCGGGGGGAUUCACGUUUCGCUGACAUCACGGCGGUGCUGGAGCGGCCGGGGGCCAGCAGCCCUGGGGGCCAGCAGCCCCGCCGCCACGGCCACUGCGCACCCGCGGCCCCCGGCACCGGCGCCUCCGGUCAGGAUGGCUCCUCAGAUCUAGACAGGGAGACCAGAGCAGUGCCAGAAAUUGCCAUCCAAGUGACAGUGGGAUUGGGAUAGAGGAGCUGCCGUGAGAAUGUCUGAAGCCAAGCCCCUCAGUGUCUCUUGCCUUGUGCUUUCAGUGCUCUCCUUGCACUGGGCUUUGCUCCAGCUGGGCCAGGCUUUUCCCAGCACCUCUGACUACCUCCAGCGGGGCUGGCAACGGCUGCUGGAGGAAGGGGAGGGCUGCUCUGAGUGCCAGCCAGAGGAGUGCCCGAUGCCACGCGGGUGCCUGGCUGGCACAGUGCGGGAUGCCUGUGACUGUUGCUGGGAAUGUGCCAACCUGGAGGGACAGAUCUGUGACCUGGACAACACCAACCACUUCUACGGCAAGUGUGGGGAGCACCUGGAGUGCCGGCUGGAUGCCGGGGACUUGCGUCACGGAGAGGUGCCCGAGCCCCAGUGUGCCUGCCUCUCCCACCUGGCCCUCUGCGGCUCUGAUGGCAAAACCUACGCCCAGAUCUGCAGGUUCCUGGAGGCUGCCCAUGCCCACCCUGAUGCCAACCUCACUGUGGCCCACGAAGGUCCCUGCGAGUCAGAGCCUCAGAUCACCUCUCCUCCCUAUGACACAUGGAACAUCACUGGGCAGGAUGUCAUCUUCGGCUGCGAGGUCUUUGCCUACCCCAUGGCAUCCAUUGAGUGGAGGAAGGAUGGCACAGAGAUGCUGCUGCCUGGAGAUGACCCCCACAUCUCUGUCCAGUUCAGAGGUGGCCCCCAGAAAUAUGAAGUGACAGGCUGGCUCCAGAUCCAGGGUGUGCGGGUGACGGACGAGGGCACGUACCGCUGCUUCGCCAGGAACAGGGUCGGGGAGGUGGUGGCAUUGGCCAGCCUGACCGUCUUCACACCGGACCAACUCAACCUGACAGACUUCUCCCUGCCGAAGCCCCGCAUGACACCUGAGGACUACGGGGAGAGUGAGGAGGACUACUACUAGCCCAAAGAUGGCAUGUCCGGCUGCAGAGAUCACCUUGCCCACAGCGACCCUCCCUGGGGCUUGGGGACAUCUCUGGAGCAAGCACCCUCCGGCCCAAAACUCCUUUUCUGAACAACCCUGGCACAGCAGCCUGUUUUUUGGGGUGGGCGAUGGGGUGACAUCCUUUUGGGGUGCUGGGGGAUGGGAUCCUGCCUGGUUGGCAAGGACUGGGGCCGGUGCAGCUCUGCCUGGAGCAGGGUGGAUCUGUCCUCUGGCACCAAGUGGAGACACAAUGGCAGGUAGGACACUGAGGGGGCAGCUGUGCUGUGUGUGAUGAGGACUUGGUGCUGGGGAUGGAGACAGCCCCCUUUGGGAGCGUGAGGCCAGGCAGGGGCAUUAUGUCCUGCAUGAAUAAUUUUUGGGAUGUUGGAGCAGAGAGCUGGGACAUGACUGUGAUAACCAGUGGGUCAUUCUCCUGUCUGCUCUGUAUCCCCCAAGCACAGAGACAUCCCAGCUUCUCCCCAGAACCUGCUGCCAAAACACCCUUCUCUUCUGUUUUGUUUUUAACCAGAAAACUAGUGAUUUGAGGAAACCAGGCACUUGUGGCUUUCAGUGCUGUCUUUUCUCCAGCUGAACCACCCUUGUGGUCAGAAACACUUUGGCCUUUUUUUGACUGACUUCAUGUUUUCCCUUCCGUGCCUUUGACUGACUUCAUGCUUUCCUUUGUCAUUUUUGUUGAUGUUAUUUAAAAUAUACAUGUAGGCCAAAGCCAAAGCCAGCUGACUGUCCUGCAUCCAUAAGGAUGAUUAUGGAGGUGAGGAAGGGUGCACUGCAGAUGCUACUUUGUCCAUUGUGGGGUGCAUGAAUUGAGGAGCCCUCCUACCCAUCCCAGUGCUCACAGCUGGUCCUGGUGUGGGUUCUGCCCUUCUCACCCCACCUGGGAAUGGGGGUACCCAGCAGACAAUCUCCUGGGCAGUGAUGAUGCAUCAACUCCAAUCACUGUACUCCCAUGCAUUUGGAUCCCAUCCCAUUGCUGACCAUUCUCACCUUGGGGUCCCAAGUUCUGUGACACUGGGGUCUCCACUGGUGACCACAGACCUGUCAAGUGUGGAGCAGCUCUGGGCCUAGCUGGUGAAGCAAAGGGAUGCUCCAGUUUUCACUGGAAACAUUAGAUUAAGAAAAAAUAUCCCAACUACCUGCCAUAGCUGGUGAUUUAGAGCAAACUUUGAUGUGGGGGAAGCACAGAAAGGAAUCUCAGAGCUGCACUGUGCUGCUCACUGCCCAGAGAAGGCCAUCAGGACUCUUCCUAUGCAUGUUCUGGGGCUGAGCCCACAUUCAAGGGGUGCUUUACCCCCUCAAAGCAGCAUCAUUUACAGGACUUCUGGUGCUCAAAACCCCCAUAUGGACCAAACCACUCCCAGUUGCUCAGUCCCAGCUCCAGGGAGGUCCAGAGCUGCGGCAAGGAGCCAGACCCUGUGAGGAGGAAAUUGGCCAGACCCCAGGCAGGAGCAGGCAAGAUGCAAUAAGGCUGGCAGCUCAGGUCCCGUGCUACUCUCCUUCACAUGUUUUUUCUUUUCUUUUCUUCCUUUUUCUCUUGAGAGCUGGCUCAGAUGACACAACUACGGCACUGAAACCUGAACAAGCAAAUAAAAGGGAUUUGUCUGGAAUUGGCAGCAGAACAAAAUUCCUGCAGACGGUGAGGCUGGGCCAGUCCUGGCCCUCUGCACCACAGCUUGAUGGGGCACUGCUGCCCUGCCUGCUGGAGUGCCUGUCCUUUCUGGCAGAAAACCCCUUCUCAGGCAGAGAAAUGCAAAAGCCAUUGAUGCCUCAGCUUCUCCUUCCAUCUAACAGCAUAAUAGAAUCCUUCUGGGCUGCUCCAUCAGAGUUGGAGGGUGUUCAGGAGGGACCAGGGACAGAAGUGUGCCAUUGGCUUUUAUUUUGCUUUUUUUGGGUGUAAAACAUGCUUUCAGAGAA